CUUACUUGAAUAUCCAUUAUUUCCUGCUUCCCAUGUUGUGGUUCCUUCAAGUGUUUCAGAAGCUAGUAAAGAAGGAAGAGUACAAAACUGCUGGCUUGCAAGCAGAGCUUUAACCAAGAAGGAAGACAAAUACACAACAGUACAAGAUGAAAGUUCAAGUAAAGUCCCAGAAAUCUUGGAUUGAAGGCAUCUUCUGUAAAAGAGAGUGUGCAAAGAUCAUACCGAGUUCCAGAGAUCCACACAGAUGUCCUGCUGGAUGCCAAAUCUGCCAAAACUUAAUCCGAUGUUGCUGUGGACGGCUCAUUGGAGACCAUCCUGGGAUAGAUUAUAGUUGGCCUGCUGGCCAGUCUGUGAAGGAGAAAGAAGAAUGGUCUGUCCAAAAGAAUACAGAGGCAAGUCCAACUGAUACCUUUGGUACUAUCAAUUUCCAAGAUGGCGAUCAUACCUACCAUGCCAAGUAUAUUAGAACUUCUUAUGACACCAAGCUGGAUCAGUUGCUGCAAUUGAUGGUGAAAGAAUGGCAGAUGGAACUGCCAAAACUGGUAAUUUCUGUUCAUGGUGGAAACCAAAACUUCAAGCUUCCAUCUAAACUUAAGCAGCUUUUCAGCAAAGGCUUGGUCAAAGCUGCUGAGACUACAGGGGCAUGGAUACUAACAGAAGGCAUCAAUACUGGAAUAUCCAAGCAUGUUGGUGAUGCAUUAAAAGUUCAUGCUUCUCAGCAUUUAAGAAAGAUCUGGGCUGUUGGAAUCCCUCCCUGGGGUAUCAUUGAGAACCAAAAGGACCUCAUUGGGAAAAAUGUAGUCUGCCUGUAUCAGACUUUGAGCAACCCACUCAGUAAGUUGAGCAAACUAAAUAGUAUGCAUUCACAUUUCAUACUGGCUGAUGAUGGGACAGUGGGCAAGUAUGGUAAUGAGAUGAAGCUCAGGAGGAAUCUGGAGAAAUACCUUUCACUUCAGAAAAUCCAUACUAGAAUGGGACAAGGAGUGCCCUUAGUUGGGCUACUGGUGGAAGGUGAUCCAAAUGAGAUCCUGACAGUAUGGGAAUAUCUGAAGGAAAAACCUACUGUUCCUGUAGUAGUUUGUGAAGGAACUGGGAGAGCUGCUGACCUCAUUGCUUUCAUGCACAAACACACUGCUGAUAUAACGGAUCUAACCUCUCAGUUUAAGGAAGAAAUAUUAUUAAUGAUUCAGAGCACCUUCAGUUUUGGGCAAAAGCAGUCCCAUCACCUAUUUAAAAUUUUAAUGGAGUGUAUGGAACACAGGGAUUCUAUAACUAUAUUUGAUGCAGAAUCAGAAGAGCAUCAGGACAUUGAUUUGGCAAUCCUAACUGCACUUUUAAAAGGGACCAAAAUGUCUGCUCCAGACCAGCUCAAUCUGGCACUAGCCUGGAACAGACUGGAUAUUGCAAAGAAACAUAUAUUGGUCUAUGGUCAGCACUGGAAGGUUGACUCCCUUGAACAGGCAAUGCUGGAUGCUUUAGUAAUGGACCGUGUGGAAUUUGUGAAGCUGUUAAUAGAACAUGGAGUGAAUCUUCACCGUUUUCUUACUAUAUCCCGAUUGGAAGAACUAUAUAAUACUAAACAAGGGCCAACAAAUCAACUUCUGCAUCAUCUUAUUUGUGAUGUGAAACAGAGUGCUCUUCCUGCAGACUAUAAAAUAUCACUGAUAGAUAUUGGUCUGGUGAUAGAAUAUUUGAUCGCAGGAGCUUAUCAAAGCAGCUACACAAAAAAACAUUUCAGAGUUCUGUACAAUAGCCUUUACCAGAAGCAUAAGAGAGUUGUCUCAAGCUUGCCACUGAACCUCUCCCGUCACCAUAUAGGAAGCAGAAGUGGAUCUGCUGAAAAUACCUUGCAUUCCCAGUUUAUCAGAACAGCACAGCCUUACAAAUUCAAAGAAAAAUCAGCUGCUCUUCAUAAAUCUAGGAAGAAGCUGAAAGAUGAAUUUACUUUCUCAGAUGAUCAGGAAUCAGCUGGCUUCAUUUACCCAUAUAAUGAUCUCUUGGUUUGGGCAGUAUUGAUGAAAAGGCAAAAGAUGGCCAUGUUCUUUUGGCAGCAUGGAAAGGAAGCAAUGGUCAAGGCAGUGGUGGCUUGCAAACUCUACAGGGCCAUGGCUCAUGAAGCCAAGCAAAGUAACAUGGAGGAUGAUACAUCAGAAGAGCUGAAGAAGUAUUCAAAUGAGUUUGGGCAGCUUGCUCUAGAUGUGUUGGAUAAUGCAUUCAAACAGAAUGAGCAGAUGGCCAUGAAGCUGCUGACAUAUCAGCUGAAGAACUGGAGUAAUUCAACAUGCCUGAAGCUGGCUGUGUCAGCUGGUUUAUUACCUUUUGUAUCCCACACAUGUACACAGAUGCUCUUGACCGACAUGUGGAUGGGGCGCUUGAAGAUGAGGAAGAAUUCCUGGCUUAAGGUGAUUCUGAGUAUUCUUUUACCUCCUACUAUUUUGAUGCUGGAAUUUAAAAGCAAGGCUGAAAUGUCUCAUGUACCUCAGUCACAAGAUUUCCAUCAGUUCACGUGGUACCAUGGUGAUCCCAGCAUCUCCAGUGGAAAAGAAGACCUCUCAUUGAAUGAUUAUGAUUUAGAGAGAGGAAAGGAGAAACAAGAUGAAAAGCAGUCUUUUCCUAUCAACAAUGAACAGGGAAACCUUCCUCAAACUAGGAAAAUCUACGAAUUCUACAAUGCCCCAAUUGUCAAGUUCUGGUUUCACACGAUGGCCUAUUUAGCAUUCCUCAUGCUAUUCACUUAUACUGUCUUGGUGAAGAUGGACUCAACACCCAGUGUGCAAGAGUGGCUUGUCAUCAUCUAUAUUUUCACCACCUCCAUUGAGAAAGUCAGAGAGGUAUUCAUUUCUGAACCGGGAAAGUUCAGCCAAAAGGUGAAAGUCUGGAUUUACGAGUACUGGAACUUUACAGAUUCUGUUGCUAUCAUCUUGUUCAUGACUGGUUUUGGCUUGCGCUGGGGUAAACCUCCAUUUCAAACAGCCGGAAGAUUGAUCUACUGUUUGGACAUAAUAUUCUGGUUUGUCCGACUCCUUGAUUUCUUUGCGAUGAAUCAGCAUGCAGGACCGUAUCUAACAAUGAUUGGAAAAAUGACAGCGAACAUGUUUUAUAUUGUAAUUAUGAUGGCCAUAGUAUUGUUGAGUUUUGGUGUGUCUAGGAAAGCGAUACUUUCACCUCAUGAACAGCCAUCGUGGACUUUGGCGCGAGAUAUUGUAUUUCAGCCUUAUUGGAUGAUGUUUGGUGAAGUGUAUGCAGGAGAAAUUGAUGUAAUGUUUAUUUUGAUAUGAAAUCCAUAUCAAACAAACUCUGGAAAUACAACCGUUACCGCUACAUAAUGACCUACCAUGAAAAGCCAUGGCUGCCUCCACCUUUCAUCAUUCUGAGCUAUACUGGUCUUUUUCUCAAAUGUCUCUGCCACCGUCGACCACAAAAUGAAUUUGAUCAAGAAGAGAGACGUGUUGAACUAAAGCUCUAUCUGAGUGAUGAGGAGUUAAAAAAACUUCAUGAUUUUGAAGAGCAGUGUGUGGAAAACUACCUUCAUGAGAAGAAUGAAAGUCUGCACUCCAGUGAUUGUGAAAGGAUCCGUGUAACAACUGAAAG